AUGGCUGAAUUCGAAUCUGACGUCCCCAAAAUCCCAGACUAUACGCUUCUGGAAAAGCAAUUCCUAAUCUCCAAUGGUGCUAGUAACGCCUCCACACUUGUGGACGAGAUCCUCGCCGCUGUCAAGGAAAACAACAUGGCCCCAUACUACAAGUACUUGACGACAGAGUUGCCACAGCAUUUCAAAUUGGACAAGCUGCUCCUCGCUUCCAUGGAAUCCGUAAAUGAAGAGAAGAUCCUGGUUCUCAAGAAAGACGUUCAGGAAGCUGAGAGCGAGGAAGAGACGGAAAUCGACCUUGUGGGUAGCUACACCAAGCUCGCCGAGUAUUACACAGAAAUCAUCGACAGACAAAACGCCACCACGACAUACAACAAGUUGCUUGAUUUCACGCAAAGCACUGGCUCCAAGAUUGACAUUUUGUUGACGUUGGCACGUUUGGACUUUUUCUUCAACGACUUUGUCGCUGUGUCCAAGACGUUGAACGAAGUCGAGGCCUGGAUCGAGAAGGGCGGUGACUGGGAGCGCAGAAACAGAACGAAAACGUACAGAGGUAUUUACCAUUUGGCCACAAGGAACUUCUCCGAGGCCGCAAAGUUGUUGAUCGACUCCUUAGCAACCUUCACCUCCACUGAGUUGUGCUCGUACGACCAGAUCGCUCAGUACGCCAUCAUUGCCGGUGUCUUCUCCUUGGACAGAGUGGACUUGAAGUCCAAGAUUGUCGACUCGCCCGAGAUCUUGUCGAUCUACUCCAGCGCCAAGCACUUGGAGCCUCUCGUGAGCUUGACCAACUCCUUGUACACCUGCCAGUACAACUACUUUUUCCAGUACCUCUUGGAAACCUACGACGAGUUGUUGUUGACCAACAAGUACCUCAAGACCCACGCCAACUACUUCAUGAGAGAAAUGCGCUGCAAGGCGUACGCACAGCUAUUGGAGUCGUACAAGUCGUUAUCAUUGAAGUCUAUGGCACGCAACUUCAGCGUGAGCGAGGAAUUCUUGGACGCCGACUUGUGCAAAUUCAUCCCCAACAACAAGUUGAACUGUUACAUUGACAAAGUGAACGGUAUUAUCGAAACGAACAGACCGGACAACAAGAACAGCCAGUAUCACCAGUUGAUCAAGCAGGGCGACGGCUUGUUGACGAAGUUGCAGAAGUACGGCGCUGCUGUCAAGUUGAGCGGAGCAGAGAGAGUAGCAUAA